AGCAUUUAAGUUGUCAUUACGUUUUAUUUAUUUUUUUGUAGCUUUCUAAAUAGUUAGCCAAACUGCAAAUGUGGAAUUUGUGUGAAGUAAAAAGUGUUGCUCAAACGAUUUUAAACAGUGUUGACAAAUGGUAAAUACGAAUUAUGGAAAAUGAAUGGAAAACUGUUUCUAAGAAACAUAGAUUCAGACAAGUGAAAAAAUGGGGCAAUGAAUGUAUUUUGAACAAGUCACAAAAAUUUGAAGAAACAAAUAUUUCUGAUAAAGAUACCAUUAAUGAUUUUAUCAACUCAUUAAUUACACUGAAGAAAUCUCAAAAUUUUGAAGAAUUUGUCAAAGUUUUGUAUGAAAACUUGAUUGGAAGUGGCUCAACAAAUAUUUGCGAAGUUGUGUGUUAUGGAAUAGGAAGUCCUUCAAGUUCAAAUAUAUCUCGUUAUCAGCUAGCAUUAUUGUAUAUAAUUCAUAUCAUGCUUUCUGCACCAAAAUGCUGUGAAAUUAGUUCCUGGCCGUUAUAUAUUCAUACGCAACUGCAAGAGAUAAGUUCCACAAAUUUAAAACCUAAAUCCGAUGUUAAAUGUUUUUGCUUUGACCCAGUUUGGAAUUCAGCGGACAAAAAUUUAAUAAAACAAAUGGGAUUUUGUGUUUUAAAUGAAAAUGAAGAGGGGAAACGAAAAACUGACGUUAGGACUUUAUAUUUCAUGAUACAUUGUGAUAAAUGGUUGUAUAAUAAUCUAAUAUGGAGUAACUGGUGUCAUAAUAGAUUAAAUAACAUGACAAUCAUAGGCAACUCAUUUAAUUCCAUCUAUGAGCGUAGUGUUAAUCGUAAAUUACGCAAAACCUAUAAAUUUUUAAGCUUAGUUAAUGAAUGGGAUUUAAUAGAAGAAGUUUUGUUGCCUGUUUGGAGCAAACAAGAUGAUGUUUUUAAUGACACAGCUGUUAUGCGAUUCAAUGAAACAGCUUGUGUAAAAUAUGCGGCAAAUAUCGAAACUACAGCAAGUUUAGAUAAGCCACCAGAAUAUUUGUCCAAUGAUAUAUAAAAUUAAAGUUCAUCUUCUUCUUUUAACCUUACUUUUUCCUUUCGACAUUUCUUCUGUUUGGUUUAUCACUAAUUUUGGCCACUGUAAUUCUAUAUUGGUCACUCAAAGUCUGAAACAGUAACUUGUUUCUAG